CAGGCAGGUGAGGUCCAUUAAGGCAGGCGUAUUGGAUUUGGGUCAACAUAUUAAAAGGGCGAAGUUGAAGAGAAUAUCCAAGUAAUUGCUAUGAAUCUUCCCAGUUUCCAGCUUGGUCAUUAUAAUUUAAAGGUUUGGUUAGUAUUAAAUAUGAUAAUAAAACUCGAAAAUUGCCUAGUACUGCUUCGCCAUUAUCGUUUAAGUUUGUUAUGCUUCAGCUUCACCGGUUCUAGCUACGGCUAUCUCCAUCUCUCUCACGUCUCUGGAUUCGUAGGCCGGGGUUUGGCGGACAAGCAAGAUGAAUGCAUGUUUGAAGCUGAAGAUCAGGAAAGACACAGAGGAGACGCCAUUUAUGAAGAAUGGAAGAAUGUUGUUAGAGGAGCGUAUCACCCUUUUCAACGGGAAAUGCAAUCCUAUACGUUUCUUCUCUGCCAUGGAGCUCAGCAUAGCAACAAAAAACUAUGACAAACGUCAGCUUUUUCUGCGUGCAGGUGGUUUUGAAUAUUACAAGGGUUGCCUGGAAGGCCGCUUAGUUUCAGUUAAAAAAUUUGAUGACGAUCACUGGCCUUUUACUAGAUAUGAGGACAUUUUUAAAGACGUUGUAAUUGGAUCAAAUAUGAGUAUUCACAAAAAUGUUCUAAAGCUCCUAGGAUGCUGCCUAGAAACCCAAUGGCCGACUCUAGUGUAUGAAUAUGUAGGGCACAAGAGUCUCAAAGCGUGCAUUUGUGAUCGAGUCGAGCCUUAUCAACCGAUACCAUGGAAGGGUAGGUUAAGGAUUGCAAUGGGAAUAGCAAAUGCAGUUGCAUAUCUCCAUACUGCAUUAUCCAUGCCCUUUGUACACAGGGAUAUUCAGUCGUCCCACAUUAUGUUGGAUGAGAAUAAUGUUCCCAAGUUGAUUGAUUUCUCGCUCUCUUUACCUAUUCCUGAAGGUCAGUUGCAUGCAACCGAUAGUGUUGUACGCUCGAGAAUUGGUUUUAUUGCACCUGACUAUUCUCUUACAGGCAACUUUACUCAGAAGGAUGAUGUGUAUUAUUUUGGUAGAAUUCUACUUGUGCUUUUGGCAGGAUGGAUGUUGAAUACAGAAAAUACCAGGUACAAUGAAGGCCAUAUACUACGCUGCGUGAAGGCCGAAUAUGAACAUGAACGGUUGAUUGAAAUUGUAGAUCCGGAAUUGUUGGAAGAAAGUGUUGAUCAGCAGCAGUUUCUAACUUUUGCAAACCUUGCCCUGAGUUGCCUCUCCAACAAACGAGAAGAUAGACCAACAAUCACUGAUGUGGCUAAACAACUCAGGCGGAUUUAUGAUCAGUGUCUCUGAUCACCACCUUAGAUUAGCUAUGCUCAAGAAGUAAAUUUUGCUGCAAUGAAAGGAAGCCUCGCAGUUGCUGAACUACUACUUGCAGAAACAGGCAACGAAGAGGGUAUCUUUUCCAUUAAAAGGGUCCUUAAAUUCAGCAGAAUUGAAGUACCAGAUGCCUAAUCUAUUUUCUGGACCUGUGCAAGGGAAUGAGAGUGAUAUAUUGCCAUUGCAUAUGAUUUUCUGAGGAGAAGCUGAAAUAAUAUCGUGCUGCUGCAUACAUACAAAUGAAGUCAACUCUCUCUCUCUCUCUCUCUUUCUGAGUGGGACUGUAAUUCCUGUUAAUCUCUACUGGUUUGUCACAAAUUAUCGUGGUUGUAAUUGAGUACAGAGCUUUUGAUAAAGGAAAUGAGUGGAAAGAAAAGGUCUAUGCACAGGAAAAGCAAUGAAUUAGACAAGAACUUUACAUGGUACUUGGGAAGAAAUUAAAGAUGUAUAUAUAAACAUUUUCAUUGUACCAUUGA